CAUUACCACUGAUAUGAUGAACCGUGGAUUAAAAAAACGACUGGACUUGUUCGAUGAAGACCCAUUGGACGUGGACGAUUUUAAAGUUAAAACGGAAAACGAAUAUGCGAAGAAUUAUGAUAUAUGGAGAAAAAAGGAGGAACUUAACAAAUUGAAGACGAAGUAUGGUGAUGUAAGUAUGGAUCUGAACUCUGAUGAAAAUUCAGAAUCCAGCUCCUCGGAUGACGACGAGGAAGCCAUAGAGUUAACCGAAGCAACUGAGAAAGAUUUUUUCAAAACAUUGUCAUAUCUUAAAACAAAAAAUCCCAAAAUAUAUGAUACCAAUGUUAAUUUUUUUACAUCCGAUACUACAGGCAAAAGGGAUAAGAAGAAGGAGGCGCCACUGUCUAUAAAGGAUUAUGAGAGGGAAAUGGUGUUGAGAAAAGAGGGUAUUGUAGAGAAGGAUAAUAAACUUGGCAGUCAAGAAAGAUUAGAACACAGUGAAAUUGCAAAGUCGUUUUUCACCAACGAUGACGACGAGGACAGUGAUGAAGAUUUUCUAAAAGUGAGAGAAAAUGGGGACAAGAAAAUCCAGGAUGGAGAUUUUAAAAAAUGGCUGGCGGGUGAAAUUGAACAAGUCACAGACACAGAGGUGGAAACCGCUUUAAUGCCCUUAAAAAAGUACUGGAAUGACCCCCAUUUGAAUGAAGGUGAAAAAUUUCUUAAAGAUUAUCUCUUAAACAAGAGGUAUAUUAGCAAUGAAGGAAAAGAUUAUAUACCGACUUACCAUGAUGUGGUGAACCAUUUGGAGGAAGGUUCAUCUGGGGAUGAAGAACAUCUUGAAAGGCAAGAAGAGUUUGAACACAAAUAUAAUUUCCGAUUUGAGGAGCCCGACCCAGAAUUUAUCAAACGUUACCCAAGGACCAUCGAACAGUCGAUGAGGAAAACAGAUGAUAGGAGAAAAUUAAAACGCGCGGAAACCAAAGCACGAAAACAGAAAGAGAAAGAGGAAAAAAUGGCGGAAAUCAGGAAACUCAGAGAGCUAAAACGAAAAGAGAUUGAGGAAAAAAUUGAGAAGUUGAAAGAGGUGGCAGGUACAGAAAGCUUUGAAUUUAAUGAAAACGAUCUGGACGGAGAUUUUGAUCCGGAAGCUCAUGAUCGAAAAAUGAGGGAAAUGUUCAGCGACCAGUUUUAUCAAACGCAGGGGGAAGAGCAAAAACCCGAGUUUCCCGAUAUAGAUGAGGAAUUGGAAAUCGAAAAUUGGGAUAAGUGGGGCGGAAACCAUGAAGCAUUUAAGGAGGAGCCCCACUGCGAAGAUGACGAUUUUAAUAUGGACGCUGAUUACGACCCAACGGCGCCCAGAGAAAAGGAUCUGGAAGAGGUCAAAGGUAAGCGAAAGCGCAAAAGGAAGUCCAAGGUGGCUGAAGCUUUGCAAAGGCCUAAACCGAAAUUUGAUCCAGCGGAUAAGACAUACGAUCAGUAUUUUGAUGAAUACUACAAACUUGACUGCGAGGACAUCAUCGGGGACAUACCCUGUAGAUUUAAAUACCGAGAGGUUGUCCCCAAUGACUUUGGUCUAACAAUUGAAGAAAUUUUAAUAGCGAAAGAUAGGGAGCUGAAUCGAUGGUGUUCACUCAAAAAGGCGGUCCAGAUUCGACCAGAGAAUGUGGAACGGUACGAGCAAAUAGCAUAUUCGAAAAAAGCUAACAAUGUCGCUUUAAAAAAAAAGUUAUUACCGAGUUUGUUUGAGGAUGAGCAGGAGGAUACAAAGAGUAAAGUGGAAAUUAAAACGGAGCCCGUUGAAGAAACCAACAGUAUCGCUGAAAAUUCGCCCGCAAAAAAGAAAAAGUAUAACGAGAAAAAAGCAACACAGGUUGCUGAAGGUCGAUCAGCAAAAGAAGAGGUCGCUGAAAUUGCGUUCAAUAUUGAACCCGAUCCGCAGGAAAAAAAAAAGAAAAAUAAGUUAAAGAACAUCGAAAUUGAAAAGAAAUCUGAGAAAAGAAAAGUUUCCAUAGGAGGCCAACAAGAAGCAAAACGGUUAAAGAAAGCCGACUCCGCCCCAUUGGACGUAGGCAUCGGAAUGAAUGGUAUUACAGAAAAUUCGCCUGCAAAAACCAAAAAGAUUAAAGAGAAAACAGAAACACAGGUUACUGAAGAUCGAUUGACAAAAGAUGUUGCAGGCUUGGUGCAUAAAGCUAAACCCGGUCCGAAGAAAAUGAAGAAAAAGAAGCAGCAGCAAAAGAAUGUCAAAAGUGCAAAGAAAUCUGGGAAAAGAAAAGUUUCCAUGGGAGGUCAACAAGGAGCGACCCUGGAUAUAGGCAUAUCUGAUCAGCGACUCACUGCUUACGGUAUCAAUCCCAAGAAAUACAAAAAUAAGCUCAAAUAUAGAAAGAAGUAGCGUUUUAUUAUUGUUUUAUUAGGUUUGAGAAAAUAUAUUGUUCUGAAAUGGGCGCGUUGUUAUUUGAAAUUUUAAAUAAAUAGAACUAGAGUUGUAUUUUAAGGCAUAGCUUGAAUUGGAAACAAAGUUGGAUAUUUUGCUUUCAAAAAAUCGUAGCUGGGCGGGGCAAGUUCGUAGCG